GCCUGCAUGUGAGCUUGAGCUGUUGUUUCGGCUGGCAGCAGCAGCGGCUGCUGCUGCUGCUUGCCGCCCGCUCCCUCUACGAGGCGCGGCGAUGGCUGCAUCUCCUGCGUUUCCUGCUGCUGGUGCACCGCUCUCGGUCAAUGAAAGCUAGCAGAGAGAAAGAAGGGCGAUGGCUGCAAAGCCCAAUGCGGACUGGAUCAGCCUCAGCAGCAGUGUAAAGAAUAAGGCAGGAUUAUCGGGGCUGCCUCUCUGCUGGAGACUGUACUUUGCUAGAGCUACAGAAACUAUGAAGAGGUUACACAGAUAAUGGAUGGUUUCUGAGGGCCUGGAAGUAAGGACGUCCACUUCACAGUCUGGCAGGUGCCAACCACUUAAUCUUGAGGAAGAAACCUGAAUUUAAAUUAUUUUGAGUUCCAAAACUCUGUUUCUCAGAAGGAAUCGUGCCACUGAAGUCAAUAACGUGACAUCAGUAACAUAAAAGAAUCAGCUGGAGAAGAAAGAAGUGUGGACUGUUUUUAAAUCUUUCCUUUGUCAGAGAGAUUCCCCUGCCCCACAAAUACUUCCAGAAGAUGCCAGCCAAGACGCCCAUCUACCUGAAAGCCGGCAAUACUAAGAAAGGAAAAAAAUUCAAGCUGAGAGACAUUUUGUCUCCUGAUAUGAUCAGCCCACCUCUCGGUGAUUUUCGCCACACAAUUCAUAUUGGGAAAGAAGGACAGCAUGAUGUGUUUGGAGACAUCUCCUUUCUGAAAGGCAAUUAUGAGCUUUUACCUGGGAAUGAGGGAGAAACAGCCAGCCAAUGUGAAGGGCACAAUGAGUUCUUAAGGGCAAACAGCACCUCUGACUCCGUGUUUACUGAAACGCCUUCCCCGGUGCUCAAAAAUGCCAUAUCACUUCCUGCCAUCGGUGGUUCUCAAGCCCUCAUGCUGCCCUUGUUGUCACCGGUGACAUUUAAUUCAAAGCAGGACUCUUUGGGGCCAUUAAGGAAUCCCAGGCAUAGCUGUGAGCCCGUAAUGGAAGAAAAGUUGCAGGAGAAGAGCAAACAGUUGGAGAAUGGGAAAAUAUACAAAGAUGACAUCACAUGGGAGCGGAGCAUCCCGGCAUCACAUUAUGCUAAUGGGAGAGACAGUCAUUCAUCCAGCCUUUCGGAACAAUACAGUGAAUGGCAAACGGAGGAGUUAUUUGACAGCGACCAUCUUUCAUGUGAUCUAAGCAAGACACAGACUAAAUCAGAAGACCCCCUUUCAGAUCUUGCCGAGCCUCUCUUUUCUUUGCAACUUGACCUCGGGCCCUCACUUUUGGAUGAAGUGCUUAAUGUAAUGGACAAAAACAAAUCAUAGAACUACUUGUGCUUUUGACCUCCAUUUUUCAUAUGAACACAGUUGAAAUGUAUGGGCAUCAUCCAGCCAAAAUUACAUUUAAGACUGCAGUCGUCUACAUAAUUUGUGAGUAAGCCUCAUUGAAUUCAGUGGGCCUUAUUUCUGAGUAAAUACACAUAGCAUCAGGCUGCAUAUCCAUUUAUUUCAAUAUGCGAGUUAAGCACAUGUUUGUAUUUCACCUGUUGAAAAUCAGCGGGAUUGAAAAGUGCUUGUUUGGAUUGUGCCCUCUCUGUGUAUAUAUACAAUAUCAGUUCUCUUUGUAGUUGAUACUUUUUCUAAAAAUACAAAGGACUUGAAAUUAUUUUUUUACAUAAUUUCCAUGAUUUUUUUUAACAUGGCAAAUGUCUCAAAACAAGAAGGCAUAUUUUAACAACACAGUUUUUGGCAGAAUUAAAAUGUAUUCAAAGAACCAAGACUUGUCAACGUAAUACUUGGGUGGAUUCUGUAUGUUAGGACCAUUAUCUUAAUUCAUUUUCAGGAACUUUUCUGUAAAGGAUCUUGUGUAUACCAGGCAGAAAAUUUAUGAAAUGAAGGUUAAAUGUUAAUUAACUUACUUAAUAUGUAACUCCUCCUCUUCUCAGAAUGAUAGGGAUUUCUUUUAAGUAUUAGCAUUGUUUUUCAUUCUGGCUGCACGGUUAUCAUUCAGUGUUAUUGCAUAGUUCUGUGCUCAAAUGGGAAUGGCUUUUUUCCCUGUUCAGUUAUUAUGGGAUGUAUAUGUAGCCAAUGCAAACUGGUGCCAUUGAAGUUACUAGAGCCUCCUGUGUGAGCUCCUACCCCAAUAUAUAUUCAACAUAAGACAAUCCAGUCUAAAAAGAUGAACUGUAGUGGCAUUUAAGUUAUUAUAGGAGUUGAACUCUAUUUUUAUGUACAUCAAACUUUCUACAGCAAGCUCUACACAGACACACACGCGGAUUGCACCAGAAAGCUGUUGCUUGGCACAUUCUCGGAGAACCUUUGUAUAAAAUGUAUAUUUGUGCGUGUGUGCAGAAAAUAGGUAUUUGAUCCUUUAGCUUUGUUCCUUCAGUUAUUGACAUUGACACACAAAUGUUUAAAACUUUGGAAUGGUUUAUUUUAUGUUUUUAGAGAAGCACUGGCUACUCGCAACGCUCAAAGGAGAUUGUGCUGUAGCAGAUGGUACUCCUGCUAACUGGGCAAAGAGGCACCUUUUACCGUGGUGAUUCUCUUUAUUUAGCAGGGGGAGAGUAACUGGCCCUAUCCACACCCAGCACAGUACUUCCAGUGACUGUUGCUGGUGUGUGUAUUAUGUUUGUUUUUAGAAUGUGAGCCCUUUCGGGACAGGGAACCAUCUUAUUUGUUUAUCUCUUUGUAAACCGCCCUGAGCCAUUUUUGGAAGGGCGGUAUAGAAAUCGAAUUAAUAAUAAUAAUAAAUAAAUAAUACUCCAGGGGAUAUAGAGAUGUCCCUGCUUUGCGUAGAUACUUUGUGCAAUACAAUAAAGAAUAAAUGUGGAAAA